CCCUGCUGCAAAUAAUCAACCAGCUUGGCGUGUUUGUGUGAUUUUAGUCAUACGCGUGUAUACUUUGCAGCUCUGACGUCCUGGCGAGAGAACAGAUGGAGCAUAUUUAAGGUGAACUGAUGAAGAAAGAAUGAAUGGGAAGAGUUCAUAGAUUGUAAAGUGUUCCAAACUUCAUGAGUGUGAGUGUUUUUUAUAAGUAGGCUAGGCCUACAGAUCCUGGUACUGUGUCGUCACUUUGAUUCCUAGAUGUAAUGGGAGAGGAUGUGUCGCCAUCUAGUGGAGUCAUAUUGAAACGCAGUGAGCUCACAUUGCUGUUUACUGUGGUGAUGCUCUCGCAUGCCAUAUCUUCAUGAAACAACUAUUCUUCAAUCAACUGGAAACUGGAACAUUGACGUGCAAGAUCGACAACAUAUCAGUUGUGCACUGCAUGCACGGCCUGUGACGUCAUCACCCGGCGUCUUUAUUUACUUCUGGCCCGGUAAUCGAGAUGGAAGUAAACAGGGAUGAAGCAGAUCGUUGCAUUGAAAUCGCAACGGCGGCGUUGUCAAACCAUGAAACGGAGAAAGCUCGACGGUUUCUGGAGAAGGCGCAGAGACUCUUCCCGACGAAUAAAGGAAAGAUGCUGCUGGACAUGAUAGCCAAGAAUGGAUUCACGCCGGGACAUACAGGCCACCAAGGGUCCAAUGGAGAGGCCAGAUACAGGCACCAGGCCUCCGGAGAGGAGAAGAAACAACCUGAAGCAGCCAAACCCUACACUUCGGACCAGUUGGAGGCUGUGAAGAGGAUAAAACAGUGCAAAGACUUCUAUGAAAUACUGGGGGUUCUGAAAGAGGCUCCACAAGAUGAACUGAAAAGAGCAUAUAAGAAACUUGCUUUGAGAUUCCACCCGGACAAAAACCACGCUCCAGGUGCAACAGAAGCUUUCAAAGCUAUAGGGAAUGCCUACGCGGUUCUGAGCAACGUUGGCAAACGGAGACAAUAUGAUCAGUGUGAGGAGGAGAGGGGGGACCCCACAGACCCCGGGCCAGAAAACGGACCCUUCCAGGCAGACAUAUCCCCCGAGGACCUCUUCAAUAUGUUCUUUGGAGGAGUCUACCCAUCAAGUAACACGCCAGUGUACACCAAUGGGAGGAUGCGCAAUCAGAGACCCGAGAGAAGGGAACGGCAGCGAGAAGGAGGCCUUGCUCUCUUUGUCCAGGUCAUGCCCAUCCUUAUCCUGGUCAUAGUGUCAGCCCUCAGUCAGAUGAUGGUCACCAACCCCCCCUACAGCCUCAGCUUCAGACCCUCCUCGGGCCACACGCACAAGAGACUGACAGAGACCCUGAAGGUGGCGUACUAUGUGGGCGACCACUUCACAAGGGACAACAGCUUGGCCAAACUGAAGAGCGUGGAGCGUGCAGUUGAGGAGGACUUUGUCUCCAAUCUGCGCAACAACUGCUGGAAGGAGAAGCAGCAGAAAGAGGGCAUGCUCUACCGCGCCCGCUACUUCGGAGACAACGAUCUGUACCAAAGAGCCCAGAAGGCCCGCACGCCAAGCUGUGCCAAGCUGUCCGAGAUCUCACCCGUGAUAAACGGCUGAAGCUUUACCUCACGCUGCAAGGCGAGCUCCCUUCAUAUGGUCUUGUGUUGUCCUUUUCUUAGUCAUCCGACAAACAGGUGGGAUGUUGGUUGUGGUUAAAGCCGGAUACAAGUUAUUUAUAAAGUCAACCCUACAGUGAUGUCACACAGGAAGCUAGUGGGUGUCCACCAACUUGUAAACUAGUCUUCCUGUCUAACUUCUCGGCUAAAAAGCAUAAAUCUGUGUGUACUAUACCUGUCAAAUAAACCAAUACAUAACAAAAUGACCAGUUGGUUCAGUCCACUGGAUGGGCUUGUAAGUUGACCUAUCAUGAGUCCAUCUCCAGGUGGCUCUAUUAGGAAUGUUGACCUUUUCCUCUUCGUUCUCCAGGUUUAGAGAAUCAUCCCCACACGGCCGUCAGGCCGGUUGUACAUAGAUACCGUGCGACAUUCAGGAAAACCCAAGCACCCAACUCCACUCUGCUGCGAUACAGAACGGGCAUCUCUUUUACUUGAAGAAACACGGGAUGCUCAGGAAAAUAUCAAGUUAGAGCUGUGACUAAAAACCAGGAUGUUCACAAACACAUACAUACAUACACACACACACACACAAACACACAUACACGUACACAAACACAUACACACACGUACACAAACACACAGACACACACACAUAAAUGGUCUUCCUGAGUUAGCAUGGGUUUUGGAUAAUCCUACAAAAUAACAGAACACAAUUAAUGUGCCAUAAAGCCAACUUUGUUUUUACCUCGCGGUUUGAACAGAGAAUGCCGAAUGAGACUUGCAUAAAUAGUUAGAAGAGUGGUUGCAAUUUCUGUAGCAAAGAGAAUAUAUUUCAAGCACCACAGUGAAUGCUUCCUCUUAGACGAUUCUACCCAUCAAGGUGUCAGCUUUGAGCUCCAUCUCAUCGUUUCACACAUCCACGCUUUACGCAGAAACUAUGCAGGAAUAUGAUCUACCUUCUUUGACCACCUUGUCUAUUUAUUGUCCAGUCAGACAACUGUUUUUAUGUUAAUUUAUUCUGCAUGUUAGUCUCAUUGACCUGUAGCACACUUACAGUCUGUGUUUUUUAAGUGUGAAAGCCUUUGAUAAUCGAGCUGUCAAAGUUUGAUUAGGACAACCCUCAGCCGUAGCGGUGUGUGUCUUUUAUUUUAUGAAUGUAUUUAUUUUAAAAUCCGGCAAAUUAAAUUAGAAAAAUAAGGGAAGAAAAAUAACUACUGAAAGCCAUUGCUCACUGUCGCACCUUGUUUUUACUCCCGAAUGAAUACAAAAGAGAAGAAAUAAACUUGGAUGGAUGAA